AACUCAACGGUGAGUUUCGGAGUUCCCUGCACAAAAUUGAAUAUAGAUGAUUCUUAUAAAAUGACAAUUUCCACUAAAAAAUUGGUACAAAUUGCUGGUUGGGGAGGUUUGGUAGUCGCUUCUACUGGGUUUUAUUUACAAAGUCGUUUAGUGGACCAGGUCCGAAAUUAUGAUUAUUACAAAACAGCUUUAAAAAGGCUGAGAACUCACCCAGGUGCUGUAUACUACCUUGGAGAACCUAUCAAAGAUAAAUCCUUUAAGUUAACUGAUACUAAUAAUAAUUUCUCUGAUGGCAAGACGGCUAGAUUUCGUAUCCCUGUAUCAGGACCUAAAGACAAAGGAACCUAUUAUUUUUGGGCUAAAAAAGAUGAUAACCAGUGGAUCAUAACGAAAGCAGAACUGGACAUAAGUUCAAAAUCAGAUGUAGCAUUAGUCAUAGUAAAGGACACAGAAGUUCCAUAGAAAACCAUUGUUGCAUUGUAAAUUAUAAUCAUAAAUUGCCAGUUUUAUACUUACUAAUUUCAGGGCAUAAAAGUUUAAAUAUGUUUGUUGGAUUC